GCACGAUGUCCGCGUGUUCGUAUUGCCGCGCGUCCGUCGCAUGCACUGACAACCAGGCUAAGAGCCGCAUUGAAGAUGGAUACAGUGGCCCUCCACUCUCUCUGCCAGAACCACUCAGGCCUGACCGACGAGUCUAAAGUUGUGGUUGACUGUCCCAACUGGUGAUGCCAACAGUCGUUCUCUUCACACAUUGAUCUCUGCUUGUCCUUUGCUUCAUAAAAUAUCCCCUACCACUUGAGUUCAUUUUUUUAACAAUGCCUCGUUUGUUUCCCAAUCUUGGCCGCUCCUCGAAGGAGAACGCGCAGGACGCAUUUGCACGCCAUGACCUUUAUGAGCAGAAAUAUGCCCAGGAUGACUAUGGAUAUGGCUAUGGAUACGAGCAGGAGUCUCUACUUGCGCCGACGCCGACACGACCAAGAAUGUCGCCAUCGAAAGAACCGAGGAUCGAUGGGAGGGCGUAUUACGGUGAAGGCGAGAUACCCGGGUUUCAGCGCACCCGCUCGUAUCGAACAGCGACCGAUGAUUACUGCGAAAGCCAGUACUCGUCCGGCACAUUCCCCGCAAUGCCUUAUGCACGUUCCGAUGAAACCGAGUCCUACGAUCCCAUCCCAUCCCACCCUUACAGCCCCGUCCCCAUGGUGCAGCGCGAGGACUCGCUCACACGCCUGCGAGAAGCAUUUGCAGACAACGGGACGUACACGCCUGGCACGAUGACAGAGGCGACCACACCUGUACCUGACCAUAUACCGGAUAUGGGGCAGUUCUCGUACGGUACACCUGGGCCUCAACGGUGGAGAGCACCUCCUGUUGAAAUGAGGACCGUGGAAGAGGUGAAGCGUGGGCCAGUGUUGGUGGACAACGCGUACGGGCCGUUCGAAGGUAUCCGCCCGGUUGUCAGGCAGGCACCCAGACAACUUCGUCCACUCCCGCCAAUACCGCCUCCCAAACCACCAGUCGCCCCUGCGCAGAAAUGGGAGGUGUAUCCUGCUGAAGAUGAUGAAGGAUACCCGUCAGUUGUGAUCGCCGUGCAGCGUGGCGGAUAUGGCCAGAAAGACACAUAUUACAUCAUCCCUGGAGGAGCUCCGGUUAUUUUCGAAGAUGAGGAAGGCAAUGAAAUCACACGCGUGGGAGAUUUCAGCGGAAAUUACAGGCCACCGCGGAAUCCGCGUCCAGUGAUUGUCCAAGACGAGUACGGUCGUGAAAUCUGCAGGUGAGUCGCACAUCAGCAGUAAUCGAACCCUGCAGCCUGCCUGA